AUGAGAUUGCUCACCUACUCUCUCGCUUCUAUACUUGUUUUAGCGGUUCUCGUGGAAGCCAGCACGCGAAACGGUAGAUCAUGCCGACCAAAAUCUGGUGGAUCAUCUGAUGGAUCAGGUAGUGGAGAUGAUCAGAAUGGGGGAAAAGGUUCUGGACAACUGGUCGGUGAUGGAUCAUUUGGAGAUGAUCUGGUGAAUGGUGGUGGUGGACGAAAUGAUAGAAAUAGAAAUGGACGGAAUAAUGAGAGAAAAUCUGGAAAAGGAGGAGCGGCUGACGAUGAGGAUGACGAAGAACGUCAACGUGCUAUCUACGAAGCUGGAGAGCAGAAAAAGACAAGAAGAGAUGGAUCUAAUGGGAACAACAAUGGAAACGUUGGAACCAAUGGUAGAGGAAUCAGGAAGGACGGAAACGGAGGAAAACAGCAAGAUUCUGAAGGAGUAAUUUCUGGAGGAGAUGAUGAAGUCAACGGAGGAAAAGGUUCAUCUAAUGGAGCAUCCAGAAACGGAAACCUUGGAACUAAUGGUAAAGGAACCAGAAAAGGAGGAAACGGAGGACAAUACCAGGAUGGAGAAGGCUCAGAUUCGUCUGAUGGAGAAUAUGGAAAAGAGGGAUCUAACAGUGGAUACGAUAGGAAAGUUAACAGUGGUGGUAGAGUCGACUAUGACGGAGAAGAAUUCGAAGAAGUAGAAGAAGACCAGAGCAGCACUGGUGGAAGACGUAGAAAUGGAAAUGGUGGCUCAUCUAGAAGAAAUAAUUCCUCAGGAAAGUCAGAAUCCAACACGUAUUCCGAGGAGAACUCCACGAGCUCAUCGACCAGUUCUCAAACUUCUAGUAGGACUUCAAGGCGUGGUGGAAGAAAAGGAGGAAGAAAUGGAACUGAUGGAGAAGAUGGAAGUGGGUCAACAAAUGGUAAAGGAGGAAGAAAUGGGGAAGACGGAAAGUCCUUCUUGGAUGAGACCGGAGAGGAUCAGGUCGGAGAGGAUCGGUCAAGAUCAUCAGGAGGAAAAUCUGGAGGAAACGAUGGUUCAUACAGCAGAAAGACUGGAGAGGAAGAUGAGGAAACUCUGUCAAGUGCAUCAAGAUCCAAUGGAAAUAACCGAGGUCGAGGCGGAAACGGAGGCAGAGGUGGAAGGAGAAGAAACGAGGAAGAAGAAGACUCCAGUUCAACAUCAUCCAAUGGAAGAAAUAAUGGAAGCCGAGGAAGAUCUGGACGACGUGGGGGUAGCCGUCGUGAUGAUGAAGAAACAGAGACAAUCGAAAAGGAAAGAACUUCCUCUUCGUCAACUAACUCCAGAACAAGAGGAAGAAAUAAUGGUGGAAGAGGCGCUCCACAAAAUGCCGACACUAGUUUCGAAAAUACCGGAUCAGCAAGAUAUGUUGAUGAGAGUGGAAAUACAAGACAUACUGGUGGAACUGGAUCCAAUUCUCGUGGUCGUCAUGGAGAAGAAAACUCACGUGAUUCCAGCAGCUCGAGAGCAUCCAGAUAUGGAACAAAGAGUAACGGAAACGGAUCUCGGCGAAAUGGUCAAGUUGGUAACGAUGAUGAAAAUGAUGGAGACGUCGUGGAUUCUAAGGGAAGACGUAUCCUGACAACUACAUUUGGUGGAAAUGGAAGUGGACGACGUGGAUCUGGAAGAGGGAGUAAUCAGGGUAGACGUGGAGAGGAAGAUGAAGAGAGCAGCAGUUCCAGGAGACGUCAGCAGACUCGUGAAGAAGAUGAGGAUGAUGAGGGAUCCAGUGGUAGAAGACGUCAAUCCUCAAGAGACGGAUCAUCCACAAGAAGUCGUUUUGAUAAAGAGGAACGAUCGGGAAGAUUCAAUCAACGAGGAAGCAACGGUAGAAGACGUGGAGGUCAAGAUGAGGACGAGGAGAAUCACGAAAGAGGAAGUGUCAAGUUCGGAAGAGAUGCGAAUGGACGAAUGGUGAAAACAGAGAACAAAAAGAGCAGUACGCAUGAUGAGGAUUUCGAUCAAUCCGGUCACAAGAAGAAGAAACAUCGCAUCAGUGACAACGGAUCCGAGGAAGAGGAAUUCUCGUCGUCGUUCUCCACUUCAUCCAGAAAAGCGUCCUCUUCAUCUUCAUCUUCGAGCAGGACAAUUUGGGAUGAGGGAUUCGAUAAUGAUGAUGACACCAGAUAUGUCUAA